AUGUCUUCCACACGAUCGGUCCUGAUCACCGGCUGCUCGGAUGGCGGCCUGGGCGCCGCGCUCCACGAAGCUGGGCUUCAUGUCUAUGCGACGGCUCGCAACCCGUCCAAGAUGACAGGUCUGGCUGCGCGCGGUAUUAAAACCCUGGCACUCGAUGUGCUGGAUGAGACCUCUAUCGCCGAUUGUGUCAGCAAACUACCCAGCCUUGAUAUCCUCAUAAACAAUGCCGGCGGCGGACACAGCAUGCCGGUUACCGAUCUGUCUAUCCCGGAAGCCAAGAAGACCUUCGACUUGAACGUCUGGUCAUACAUCGCAGUCACACAAGCCUUCCUCCCACUGCUCUUGAAAUCGCCCAAAGCCAUGGUUGUCAACCAAACUUCCAUCGCUUCCCUGGCUGCCAUCCCCUUCCAGUCCGUGUACAACGCCUCGAAGGCCGCCAUGGCCAUGAUCUCGGACUCGCUGCGCCUGGAGCUCCAGCCUUUUGGGAUCCACGUCGUCGAUCUCCGAACGGGUGUCGUGAGAUCGAACUUGGUCUCCAAUAUUGCGUCGGCGCAACCCGUUCUGCCCAAGGGCUCUAUUUACGAGCCUGCUCGGGAAGAGGUCGAGAAGGCCCUGCGGCAGGAGGAGUUCGCUGACGCGGGCUGGCCGGCGUCACAAUGGGCGGAGCAAGUCACCAGGGAUCUCCUCAAGACCAAUCCGCCGCUGUUGGUCUGGAAGGGGGAAUCGGUGUGCUUAAUGCGACUUGCGUCUCUUUUGCCGGCUGGGGCUCUGGAUGGAACGGUGAUGAAAGUGACGAAUCUGGAUGCCGUGAGCCAGAAAGUGAAGGCUAAGAAUGCUUGA